UAACUCUGUUUAGCACUUUCGUCGGCUUUCUUUUGUAAUUUCUCUAGAUAUUUUCGUACAUCACGAUAACUGGAUCUUCCGGCUGCUUUCUGCUCUUCUACAACCCGUCCCAAACAUCGUAUAAGAUUUCUGAGGGAAUCCGGCUUGGCUGAUUCGAUCAUCUCAUCAGGAAUUUCAGCUAUCAGAGCUUUAACUUUCCGCUCACAUGUGAUAUCAUCCAACAGUCCCGUUUCUAACGCUACUACGCAAACCCGGUUAAUAACACCGUCCAACAUAAGCUCAAAUCGUGUGGCCGGAUUAAGGAAAGACGAGAAUGAUCGUAGACCUCUUGAUGGCUGACCAGUAUUGCCUGUCCAAAAAAGCAGCACAUCCUGUUGCAGGAUUCUUAAUGGAUUGUUUCGAAUAGAUCGGUACAAACAAAUCGUCAUCGAUCGCAGAUGCGAUUUUUGUCUUUACAGCAGUUGCUAGGAUAGCGAACGACUUGCUGUCAUCAAUGUUCAUCUUCGGAUAAUCAGAUAAACCGCUGAGAACUGCUCCAAGUCGCUUGGACUGCUUCAGAGACAUCGGUUCCCAUUCAACAUUAACCACAUCUGUGAGAAAAGGAAGGACAACUUUAUCAAUUAUUGAUGGAAUUAUUCCCGUAAGAACCUCGUGGUUUUGAUCAACAUCGUUGUUCUCCUGAAUGGCUCUGAUGCAAUCCGUGUACCACGGCAUUGCGGACAAAAUAAAGUCGUCUCUCUAGAAAUAAGACUCAUUCAGACCAGACAAAGAACAAAAGAUGAGCACGUCUUAUUAACAACUACUUACAUUCAAAAUGUCUGCUGUGAUAAGUUCAAUUCUAACGUAAGGAGAAGCCAAUUUCGGAAUACAUAAUGAUAUGUACGCAUCUUGGAACGUAGUUCCAUCCACAGCAAACCAGUCCACCAUUCUGUUCAGAACUUUUCGAAGAUGGGAGUAGUCGUCAAGCGCGUCCACGAACACCAUAUUAAGGGCGGUAUCGAUUUCAGCUGAAAUUGUCCAUCGAGCUUUUGCCAGUGCCUGACGCUUAUCGCUCAACUCAUUAAUUUCAGCAACCUUAGCAAUCGUAGCCUUGUUCUCUUGAAGAGUGUUCUCAAUCUUUUCAACUUCAUGCUGCCUGGCAUUUAGCCUCUCUUCCCUUUCGGUAAUGCGCAAUUUCAAUUUCGCCAGAAUAUCUUCAACUGA